UUAACGCUUUUUUAACAUGAAUAGUUAUAUAAUUUUCAUAGUGUUAUUUUUUGUGGAAAUAGUUAUUUGUAUACAACCGAUAAAUUUUACUGAAUAUGAUUCGUAUCCUGUAUGCCCUGUUUCAUUUUUUCGCAGAAAAAGAACACCUGUAGAUUAUACACGAUGGCAAGUAAAUGAAGAAAGUACUCAAGAAUUUCUUGUGAAAGUUUUGGACGAUGAAUUAACUACACCAAGUAAACAGCGAAUUAUAGCAAUUAACAUUCAACCAAUAACAAAAAGUAGAGAAAAGAUUAUUAUUGGUGGGGCCAUGGUACCACCGCCAAUGACAUCAAAUCCUUCAGAAAUUGAAAACUCUCGAGAAUAUACUAGAUUUGUACCACCAACGACAGUACCUGUGUCACAUGUGAAUAAAGAAUUGCUCCUUCCACCUGCUUCUCCUUUUGUCUUAGAAAAUCAUUCAAUAUUACCAAAAAUACAAUAUCACGGAGGGCGGCAUUCACAUCGUGAUGAAAGUCCUCCUGCUAGCCCUCAGUUCUUAACUCGGACUGAAACAAUUGUUGCUCGACAAUAUGCUCCAAUAACACCAGUUGCAUUUACGCGACGAGUUACAGUUAUGCCUGUAACUCCCCCAUUUUUCAAUACAAAUAAUCUUCAUAAAACAGCCUUUAAACCGACACGUACACCACUUCUCCCAGACAUGAUAUUACCAACUAGAAGCAAGCACCCCAAGGAAUUCAUUGGAUUUCGUGAACAGGAAGUUGAUGAUAACAUUGAUCUUUUCCCAAUUCGAAGCACAUUCGUACAAGAAUAUGCACCUCGUCGAACAUCUAUCGAUGCAACUAUUGCAGAGGAAAUGAAAAUAUCAACAAGACUAAAUGCAGAUUAUGAAGACAGGAGGAGAAAUUAUUUCAAAAACAAUAUAAAAUUUGACGAAAUAGCAGAAAAAGAUUUUGAAGCGUCAUAUAACAUGAUGUUCUACAAUGAGGAUAACACAGGGAGUGAUAAUAAAAAAACCGAGCAGGAUUCUGUAGAUAAUUAUGAUAUGACAAAUAGAGGAGAAAAUUCUAUAACUGAAAAAGAUUCUACAUCAACAGAAGUAGGUGUAGUUGAUAAUGAAUCUGAUUCAGGAAAUAUUACAAAUGCCUAUAUUGAAGUACAUUCAGAUGUGGAUGAAGAAUCAGAAAUGGAUAAUUCAACUAUUACCAGUGAAAAACAUAGCAUAGGAAGUAUAGAAAUUGUAACAGCAAAGGCAUUAAAAGAUAAAUUAAAGGAUAAACGGCGACUAAUUUGUAAUAUGAUUAAAUUAAGACAAUUAAAUUUUAAUUCCCCCUGCACAUUACAUGAGAUUGUGUCACAAUUGAAGCAAUGGACUGAGAACAGUCCUAUAGCUAAAUGGGUGGACAUAACAGAUGGAAAUUUUACUGUUAUGGAAAAUCCUAUUUAUAUGAUGAUAGUGGAUGAUCCCAGCAGUGGUCAGAUUGUUUCAGCUAAACAAAUUGUUAUGAUAGUGGCAGGUAUCCAGGGUCGGGACCACCACGCUGUAGCAGCUGCUAUGUAUGUGUUAUACCAACUUAUAGAACACAGUGAAGCACAUACCGAUUUGCUUACUUUAUAUCGGUUUUGGAUCAUACCAGUAUUUAAUCCUGAUGGUUACGAUUAUUCUAUGACUUUUCCACAUAGACGAGAAUGGUCAAAGAAUUUGCGUCAAUCAUGGGAGACGUGCACAGGUCGCGAAUCGUGUAGGGCUUGUGAGACAUAUGGCUUAAGAUGUACUACACAGCCAUGUUAUGGAGUCAACCUCGACAGGAACUUUGAGUAUCAGUGGAUACCUACGGAGGAACUACGGGCGGAGCAUCCCUGCGGCGCACUGUAUGCCGGCGCACGUCAGCUAAGCGAGGCUGAAACGCGUGCGCUGACGCAUUUUCUACACUCGCAACAGACACCGCUUUUCACGUUUAUUGCAUUUAAGGAGGGCGAUGUUCUUGGCAUAAUGUAUCCAUACUCCCAUACGAGAAAAAAACGGGCUUUUGAUCAUGUAUAUAGACAACGAGCAUCCCGUGCAGCCUCAGCCGCAUACAGCAUUAGUGGCCGACCAUAUGUUGCUGGUCAAACUUCAGAAUUUUUACCAUUAUAUGCUGGCGGGAUAGAAGAUUGGGUCGAUGGACAUUUAGGCAUUGAUAAUACAUACACAAUUAGGAUGUUCCGACCGACGGAUUCAUAUAACUCCAAACUUAUUACGGAGCGCGUCGUUCAUGAGGCUUACGCUGCAAUGGAUACGCUGCUUCUCCAGAGUGUAGAAACACUUAGUCCAUCUCCAGUCGCUAUCAAGAGGUCAGGCUCAGGGACAACAACGGUUCCUUCAGUCAUCCUUCUUAUAUUUUUCACAGCAAUUAAAUAUAUUUGUAGCUAGUAUCUUAAAGUUUUGUAUACGAGUAUAGACAAUGCAAUUGUAAAGGAAUAUCUAAGAAUAUUCUUCCUACAGGCGUUGAAUCUAAGCCUAAAAUAUAAAGAAGCAUUUUAUGUCAUUGCGUACCAAAUCUCAUUUUGGUACCUUCAGAUCUUUAUUAUAUAGAUUGUGUCUCUAUACAAAUGCUUCGCAAAAACUAUGCCAAUUUUUUAUCCAUGUAUGCGUGAAUGGGAUUACCACUAUGUUCUUUCACUACUUAUUAACCGGAAGAAAUUAUAUUGUAAGGUUAUAUUGAAAAAUAAAAAUGAUACAAAAUUCUUACGAAUAUUUUUCUUACAAAAAAGAAUAAAAUAAAGAGACGAUAAUGAUUCGUACUGAUCUUACUUGCCUAUAUUUAUUGAUUACUUUUAUUUAUUUUCAAGCGUAAAUUUAUAUGGUUUCAUUCAAAAAUAAUUUAAUAUAGCCGCCUUUUUAAUUAAUA